AUGUCUGCUGCAUCUAACGCCUCGUGCAUCUUCUGCAAGAUCAUCAAGGGCGAUAUUCCUUCGCUCAAGCUUAUCGAGACUAAACUCUCCUACUCCUUCUUGGACAUCCAGCCUACAGCCGAAGCCCACUGUCUUGUCAUUCCAAAGUACCACGGUGCCAAAUUGCACAAUCUUCCAGAUGAGUACCUUGCUGACAUUUUGCCAGUGGUGAAGAGGUUGACGAAGGUGUUGAAGCUCGAUCAGAACAACACACCUGAGGGUAGUGGCUACAAUGUGUUGCAGAACAACGGCAGAAUUGCUCAUCAGGUGGUUGACCACGUUCACUUCCACUUGAUUCCAAAGAAGGACACCGAGUCUGGCUUGGGUGUCGGCUGGCCAGCCCAGGAGACCGACUUUGACAAGUUGGGCAAGCUCCACGAGACAUUGAAGGAAGCUUUGGCCGCUGAGGAGAAGUUGUAA